AAAUAUUUUGCAGCCCUGAAAAAUUAAGUAUACGCCAAGGUAAUGUAAACAAAAAUAAACAAUUCAAAUGGAGAACUCGGAGGAUGUUUUCAAUGACGACUACGAGCAUCCUGAAAAUGUGGAAUACAUAUUAGAAUCUGUUCUAAUGCCCAGCGAUGGUAGUUCAGAAUUCAACCUUUUAGCAGAGGACUAUAAUUCAAUUCUUCUGAACCAGUGCCGGUGUAACGAAACCACCUGUGAAAAUAUAGAAACAUGUACGCAUGGAGGACAAUACGAGUUCAAACCUCAACAAAAGGAACUAACUUUAAAAAAAUUGGAAAAUACUGCUCGCCCCAUCAUUGAGUGCAAUGAUUUAUGCGGUUGCAGUAAAAAUUCUUGCUUAAACCGCCUGGUUCAAUAUGGUCCAAGAAGGAACCUUGAGAUAUUCCAUUCCACUAGAUAUAGAUCCCAUGGCCUACGUACAAAAGUGCAUAUCCCUUCAGGGGCCUUCAUCUGUGAAUAUGCUGGGGAACUGUUAACAGUCACUGAGGCCAAAAAGCGCUUGGAAAACAACCACACCCUUGGCCUAAUGAACUAUGUUCUGGUUCUUAACGAAUACUCCAACGAGAAGAAGCAACAGGUGACUAUUGUGGACCCAUCACGGCGGGGAAACAUUGGACGCUAUCUGAACCACAGCUGUAACCCCAACUGCUACAUAGGAGCGGUACGAAUAGACUGUCCUAUACCAAAAUUAGGAAUAUUUGCAGCCCGAGACAUUGAGGCACAGGAGGAAUUGUGUUUCCACUACGGCGGAGAGGAUCAGUCCAAAAACAUAAACGAAGGAAAGGCUUGCCUCUGCGCUGCUGCCAAUUGUACGGGUUUUAUGCCAAACACUUCAAUAGAAUAGAAUAAGUAGUUAAUAAUGAAAG